UUUAUGUAUAAAUGUAUGAUCUACGUAAAAAUUAUAGAAUUUAUAACAAAGUGGUUAUAUAAUAUGAAUAUAUUUAGUUAUUAGUUAUACAAACAUUUAUCGCGAAUAUACAUGUAAUUUUUUAGACGUCUUUUACAAUUACGACUUUGACAUCUGUGUGCACAAAUUUCGAACGUGAACGGGUAUUCCCGAAUAUUUUAUAUGAAACGGAGUUUUAGCAUACAUUGAUUAGAUUAAAGAAUGAGUACGAUGCUCGAGAGAUAUAAAUCACUUCGUCAAGAUUUCCUCAAUGUAGUUGAGCCUGCUAUAGAUAGUAAUAUCUUAAAUCAAUUGAAGCACAAUUAUGCACAUGAAAUUGAUUCAAGGCGAAAAUUAAGCAAAGCAAAAGAUUUCAAAACGUUUAUAAGAUUGCUAGAGAAACGAGAUAUCAUUAGUUGUGACAAUAUAGAACAGUUAUGGUUUAUAACAAAGUUCAUUGGCAAGCCAGAGUUGGAAGAUAAAUUGCUGAAAUAUGAAAAUUGGGUGCAGAAAAUGGCACCACCGUUUCCUUUUUAUAAUAUGUACCAAAGUGAUAAUAUAAGACCACAGAACCAUGAAAACGCUACAGAAAAUGUAGCAUCAUCUUCAGGAUCACAUAAUGCCUGUAGUUCCACAUGUAGUUCACAUGAAUCAACAAUACAAAACUUAACUCUAUCAUUUAGUAAUAUCACACAGAAAUACUAUUCUGAACAAGAAGGAAAAACAGAUGACAGAAGAAAAUCAUUACAACAAACAGUAUUGCUCCAGAUCAGUGAGAGACUAGGUCGAUCUUGGAGAGAUGUAGCUAGAUAUUUAGGUAUUAGAGAAUGUGAAAUUGAUGCUGUACAAAAUAAAUAUCCUUGUGAUUUAAAGGAGCAAAGUUUUGAGAUCUUGAAGAUUUAUAUAUCACAAUCUGAUAAAGAACGAUGGACAAUAGAUUUAAUACGAGCUUUGGAAAAAGGAAGGCGCAGAGAUCUUAAGGAACUUGUAGAAGAUUUAAUGGUAUCUCAUAAAGAUAAAAGAUAAUAUAUCAGUAUGUAUCUGUACAAUUCUUUUCUGAAAUUUUAAUAAUCUUUAUAAUGUAAGUUAUAUAUUUAAUGCCUUCAUGUUUGUCACUUAUAAAUCAUAUAAAGCAUAUUUUAAUUAUUUGUCUGUAUCAUAAUUGUUAUGAAUUUUACU